GUGGCCGUGGCUGCCAUGGCGGCAGCAGGCGGACUCCGGCGCUCAGUUGGACAGCCCUGUCGCGGCCAGGGCCCCGUGGGGCGGGACGGUGGCGGGCAGGCUGCCGGGGCUGUGGUGGUGCUGCCGGAGCCAGGAAGGAUGGCAGCUCGGCGUGUGCUGAAAGCUGUCUUGGUGGAUCUCAACGGCACACUUCACAUUGAAGACUCGGCUGUGCCAGGCGCACAGGAAGCUCUUAAAAGGCUGCGUGGCGCUCCAGUUACCAUUCGGUUUGUGACAAACACAACAAAGGAGUGCAAGAGGGACUUGCUGGAGAGGCUGACAAAACUGGGAUUUGACAUCACAGAAAACGAGAUCUUCACGUCUCUGACAGCAGCCAGAAAUCUCCUGGAGCAAAAGCAAGUGCGGCCUCUCCUCCUGGUGGAUGACAAGGCCCUGUCUGACUUUACAGGUAUAGCUACCGAUGAUCCCAAUGCAGUGGUGGUAGGACUGGCUCCUGAGCACUUUCACUAUGAGAUGAUGAACAGAGCAUUUCAGUUGAUUUUGAAUGGUGCUCCUCUUAUAGCUAUACAUAAAGCCAGAUACUUCAAGAAAAAAGAUGGCAUGGCUCUGGGACCUGGACCUUUUGUAACUGGUCUGGAAUAUGCAACAGACACCAAAGCAACUGUAGUGGGGAAGCCAGAGAAAACCUUCUUCCUGGAAGCUCUGCGGGGCAUUGACUGUGCCCCAGAGGAAGCCAUCAUGAUUGGUGACGACUGCCGGGAUGAUGUUGGUGGUGCCCAGAACGCAGGCAUGCGUGGGAUUUUGGUAAGGACUGGUAAAUAUCGACCAGCAGAUGAAGACAAAAUCAAUCCAUCUCCUUACUUAACCUGUGAGAAUUUCCCAGAGGCAGUGGAACAUAUCCUGCAGCAUCUGCUCUGAGAAAAGGAGUGCCUAGUUUGAAAAAGCAGCCAUGUAACAACAUUUCCUUUACUCUUGCUGCAAAAAGUAAGGUCACAGGAUCAGUGCAUGCAUCACUGCAUCAGAAGCCUAGCCAUGAGUUGUGAAAGGGCAGAAGGACUGUGGAUAUCCAGCAGGUGAGACAGAAAGGCUACUACCAACUCAGCUGCUGAGUGACUUAGGGAGCAUGGCAGAGAAUUCUGUGUAUUAUCAUUUUACAAGAAAUAACUGUUGAAAGGCCCUGUCUGGGAAGAGUCAGCAUUCUUCUGCCAAAUAAGCUAAACUGAAAACACCCAAGUAAAUAAACCUCGAGGACUAGCAGAGCCUCAGUCAGUCUGUACUGAUUUCACUGAGUGUGAUUCUCCUCUGCUCUGAUUUAAAGGUAGAGAUUAUCCACGUGUAGAAGUUAGUUUUAAACUAAACCGUCACCAUCACUGAAUAAUAACUACGGUUGAUAUCUCAUUAGAACAGAUCCUGUUUUUUGUUUUACAUAAAACUGUCAGCACUUUACAGAUGUUUUAAUUAGAUGCUGUUAUUAAAAAGAAUGGUGCAGAAACAAAAAUCUGGUAUUAAAUGCCUUAGAGACUGCCAAUUUUUUAAAUUAGACUUCAGCAGGGUCCUAUUAAUGCUACAGUUGCAAAAUUUCACUAUUGUUUUUUUGUUUGUUUGUUUGUUUCUUGAUGUUAUGGGAAAAAUUCUUCAUGAGCCACAGGGACAGAUUCCAGUUUUUACACAGUUGGUUGAUAGAGCUGUAAUAUGGAAUUUAAUUCUGUAGUAUGCAGUGCUUCUCCCAUGUGUCAAAUGCCCCAAUACCAACCAACUUUGUAUUGAUGGCAAAUAGCUUUUCUGGUCCAUUUGUAAACUGUAAUAAUCAAAGUCCUUUACAGCUGUUCUACAGUGCUCCUGAGUGUUAAAUUAUUAGAUUGUAAUUAUACUUUACUGGAGUAUUAACUGUACUGAAAACACAGUUUUGCAUUAAUGAGCAAUGCUUCUCUUGUUAAGAAAAACCAUUGUGAUGAGUGAAUGGGAAGUUCUCCUUACACGGAAGAAGAUUUGCCUGCUUUCUGACUGGGUAGAUGGUUACAUAUGCUUAGAUCUAACCUGUGUCCAAGACAGAACAUGUCAACAGAGUUGACUGGGACGUAGAAAUGCAAACAAACAAUAAACCCCCAGGAAGAAAUGCCAUCUUCAGAUAGUCUGUAUGCCCUCCUAAACUGUGAUUGAAUAAAUUCAUAUAUUUAAUAUUACUGCCAA